AUGGAUGGUCCACGUGCCAGAUAUUAUCCUUCCUCCUACUCUGGUUGCUAUGGUUCAAUUGAGCACCCCGGGCGUGGUGCGGUGCCGGCGGAGCCUCCUCCUCCUACGACGAAAAGGAGGCCACCGACGACGAAGCUGUCAGAGCUGGAGUCCCAGCUGUCGCAGCUGCAAGACGAGCUCAAGAAGGCCAAGGAGCAGCUCCAUUCCUCCGAGCUCUCCAGGAAGCGGGCCCUGCAGGAGGCCGACGACGCCAAGGCGCAGGCCGCCGCGGCGUCCGCGCAGGCGCGCGACUCCGAGGCGCAGCUCGCCGAGCUCUCGUCGGCCGAGGAGGCGCGCCUCCUGGAGCUGCGUCGCCUGUCUCAGGAGCGCGACCGCUCGUGGCAGUCGGAGCUGGAGGCCAUGCAGAAGCAGCACGCCGCGGACUCGACCGCGCUGGCGGCGGCGAUGGGCGAGGUGCACCGCCUCCGCGUCCAGCUCGCCGCCGCGGCGCGCGCCGACCGCCGGCAGGACAUGGUGGAGGCGCUGGCCACCAUCGACGAGCUCAGGGUGAAGCUCAAGGCGAGCGAGGAGGCCGAGGCGCAGGCGCGCGCCAUGCACGAGGAGUGCAAGCAGCAGCUGGAGGCGAGCCGGGCCACCAUCGAUUCGCUGCUCACCGACGGGUCCAAGCUGAUGGACUCGUUCAGCCUCGUGGUGAAGGAGCUCGAGGAGUCGCGUGCCAAGGUCAAGGCUCUCGAGGACGAGAUCGCGGAGACGUCGUCGAAGGCCGCAAGCGACCGCUGCAACUGCUCGGGCUCGGAGUCGGAGGCCGCCGAGCUGAGGGCGGAGCUGGAGGCCGCGGAGGCCAGCGCGCUGGACGCGAACAAGAAGCUAGAAGCGGAGACGAGAACAGACAGCUCGGCCGACGCGCUGAAGAAGCAGCUGCAUGGCGCACUGCACGAGAACGGGCAGCUGAAGCAGGAGCUGCAUCAGUACGAGUCCGAGAAGGGCUCCGCAACCGCGAGGACGGCGGAGGCGGCGAAGAAGGGCGAGAUGGAAACCGAGCUGCGUCGCCUGCGGGUGCAGGCCGAGCAGUGGCGAAAGGCCGCGGAGACAGCCAUGGCGCUGCUGACGGUUGGCAAGGGCGGGAACGGCAAGGUCGUGGAGCGGAGCGAGUCGUGGGAGGGCGGCAAGUACGCGGGCCUCUGCGAGGAAUUGGACGACGACGCGGCCGCCUUCCUCGUCGGCGUCCAGGAGCCCGAGACCGUGGCCGUGAGGGUGGAGAGGGAGGGACUGAGUCGAUGA